AAAUUGCUAUAAACCGAACAAAAACAAACCAAACAUAUAUAGAAAACACAGAGAAAUGGAUAGAAGCUCCCAUGAAUACCACGACCAUAUCUCCAACAUCAUAAAGGCUCCCAGCGUUAUUCAUGGCGCCCCUCAGUACCCAAACGUCCACAAGGCCUUCAACCACGACCACAGAGUCUACUUCCAAAGUCGGGAGAAGCUGCAGCAAGCCAAGCCCAGGCCCAAGAAGCGGGUCCAGUUGACGGAUCUCGCUGGUCGUGCGAUUGUGGAGUACGAGGUGGACGUUGAUGAGAGUUUUGACUCGGAAGCUGAUGGGUUCGUCCAGCAGAAGCAGAAGAACUUCGAGCUCUGCAAAUGGAAGACUUUCAGGCUGUACUGAUGUAUUGAAAAACAAUAUCAUGCUUAAAAGUUGCAGCUGCUACCUACAGAAAGAGAUCGAUUGUCAUUAGUACUAUAAUUAUCAUUACUAUUGUCGUUUUUUGUUGUUAAGAAGACAUGUUAUGUUGGUGGUAGCUGGUUCUCCUAAUGUUGUUCGAGAUGUUGGUGAAAUAUAAAUUCUGGACUUUUGU